AUGACAGAACUGUCAACGCAACAUCCUGUGAUCGAUAUAUCACAGCAGUGGUCGUUGGCUUGUUCGCUGAGAGCAUUUUGCUCUGCUAGAAACAAUCUAAUAGAUUGGAAUCUCUUCAUAAAGGAAACUACUCACAAGGUUGCUGAAAACUCCUCGAAGCCCAUGACCCGGUUUCGCCCUUCCAGUUCAGGCUCAUCAGGUAGGCGCAGUUCCCGAGUUUCCGUCAAACUUAUGUUCAACUUGAACCCAAAUUGGACUGUGUUCGAGAAAUACACUCAUUUGCAAACCAAUUUGGUUUUCACAAGAGACUCAACUAAAUCUCUCUUUACCUUCGGUGGACAAACAUAUCAACAGCUCAAAGGAACUGCAAUGGGAUCCCCAAUAUCAGGAUUGAUUGCUGAGGCGGUAAUGCAAAGGAUAGAGCGUGCGGUACUGCCGAUCAUCAAUCCAAAGCUGGGGAUCCGCUACGUGGACGACACCUUUGUCGUCAUGAAACGGAAUUCAGUACAUGACGCACGUGAACUGCUCAACACAACGUUUGAUGAUAUCAAGUUUACAAUCGAACUGGAAAGAAACAAUCGGCUACCAUUCCUGGACGUCUUAGUGAACAGAAAGGUGGAUGGGACUCUGGAAACCUGC